AUGAAUGCCACAUGGGGUCUCCUGGCGGUUUUGAGUCUGGUGUGCCACACUGAGUCGAUGUGCUCGCCGACCUCCUACUACAAGAACUGCUGGAUCCGUCGGUUCCCGGGGAUCUUCAUCGACAUCGAGGAGUCUCAGAGAAGAGGAGCGCAGCUGCUGAGGUCCUACCCGGAGGAGACGGCGCUGAAAUGCAGCCGCAGCUGCUGCCUCACCAGAAACUUUUCUUGCAAUCUGGCCAUAUUUCACUUUGAUACCAUACAAGAGAAUGUGAACUGCGUCCACAUGCACUGUCCGACUCUCGAGAGUUGCAUUCUGAGUCACAGGGAGAACGUUGUCCUCUACAACGUCACGAAGGGUGUGGAUCCUGAUCUGUUAGUGUUUGGGAAACACUUUACCUCCAACGUCCGCGUGCUACCCCACCACUACAGCAGAGUGAACGCCUCAGAUCCGCUGCCCUCAGACAAGCGAAACUUCAUCCAUCCGCCUCCUCAUCCCGUGCGGCCUCGCACCGCCGCACCCUCUGUGAAGCCAUCCAUUCCACCGACUGAAGCGGACACCACCACCACGCAGCAGAGCACCCGUCAACUCACAACCGAUUCCACAACUAAAUCAGCCUUCACCGGACAAACCUCCCCAUCCUCCGACAAUCAUGUCCAAACAACAAUCCUGACGACCGCUGCAACAUCUGCUGAGUCCAGCAUCACCACAUCAAACUCCAUUACCUCUCCAACCUCCGUUGACCUGGAGACGCCUCCGGGGUUAUCUACAACAACUGCAAAACCCUUCACAUCCAUCCCAGCCACCGCCGUUCAUAAGGUGACCAGCAGCGCUUCAGCGACCACAAUUCUCCCGAGUGAGACAGAGCACAGCAGCAACAGCAGCAUAGACGUCACCGCCGGGGGGAACUACACCGCAGGCGGCGAUGAAGGUCAGGAAGUCGGUGAGGACGACACUGUGGAAGAGCUGGGGUCUGGGUGGCAUGUGGCUGCGCACACUCUACUGGUUGCUGUGGCCAUUUGCGUCACACUGCUGCUGAGCUGCUGCUGCUCUGUGCUGCUGGUGGUGAGCUGGAGGGGCCAGAGGAAGAGGAUGGGCCGCUAUCGCACAUCGUGGAGAGGGAAGCGAGCUUCCAUGCGUCUGAUUAAGUAUGUGCUGGUGAAAGAGAACUCCUGAAACACAGAACUGGUACUUCCUGUUAUUGUUUUGUAGGAAGAAAUGAGGUGAUGCUAAACCGCAGUAGGCAUGGGCCUCCUAAUAGUAUCAAAAGUAUUUCAGACUUCUUAGAAGUUACCAAACCGCUACAAUUUAACAGGAUGUGAACAUUUUUUUUGGCUGCGUGGAGUGACAUAUUAUCACACUGCAUCAACAUUUUGUGAACUGCUGGUCAGCUAGCUGAAAACCGCAUACCA